AUGGAGCGCACUCCCGGCACCGCGUCCACCCAUGUCUUCUUGCUUCUACUGCUGCUGCCCGACUGGACGUCGCUGACAAGGGCCGAUGCUCAUUGUCUUUGCUACAACUUCACUGUCAUGUUUAAGUCCCCACCUGAACAGCCAUGGUGUAAAGUUCAAGGUCAGGUGGAUGAAAAUACUUUUCUUUACUGUGACUGUGGAACCAACAAGAGCAUAAACUUGAGUUUCCUGGGGAAGACAGUGAAUGCCACGAAGGAGUGGGAGGAACAGAUCAAAACAUUAAGAGAAGUGGUGAAAGAGCUUCGACUGAAAAUAUCUGACAUUAAACUGGAGAAUUACACAACCACUGCUCCUCUCACCCUACAGGCCAAGAUGUGUUGUCAGCGUACAGCAGGUAAGCGCACCGGAGCAUCCUGGAAAUUCGGCUUUGGCGGACAGACGUUCCUCCUCUUCCAUUCGAGGAGCAGGAAUUGGACAGAGGUUCGUCCUGGAGCCAGGCUGAUGAAAGAAAAGUGGGAGAAGGACAGAGAACUGAACGGAUUCUUCAAGAGACUCUCAGAGGGAGACUGCAAUAAAUGGCUUAGAAAGUUUUGGGACCACUGGGAGAAAAUACUGGAGCCAACGGGUAAGUAA